AUGCCCUUCCGAUCGAGCUCCGUCAAGGCCAUGGGCUCAAGCCUCUUCUCCCGAAACCGUCGGGAUGAUGCACCGAAAGACUUGACGAAGCCACCGGGCGACUCAAGGCGUCGCCGGGCGUCUCUUUCGGGACCCGAGCGGCGGACGUCGGUGGCGAACGACUUCAGGCCGCACACCGAGAUGCAAAGACCGACGAUGCCGCCUCCAGCUUCAUUUGGGAGACCGCGAAGCCCGCCACGAAGAGACUCUGUAUCCCGCCGGUCUGUGUCGCCGCGCUCUCGCCAGAAGAUGGCUGGCGGAGAUGGGUUUCAUGUUCGCCAGUCGCGAUCGCCUCCGAGGCGCCGAUACUCCUCCUCAGAGAUUCCUCGACCACAUGAAAUGACGCCCCAAUCGCCGGUACCUUCACGAUCACGAAUAAACGACAGCCACGAAAGGCGUGAUCGGCCUGGGUAUGGAGGUGCGGCCGCUGCUGAGACUCCUCUGGCGUCACCGCAACCAGCACCGCAUAAACCUGGAUGGAGCGCUACAUCAAGAGAGGCUAGGCAGGAAGCUCGACGAUAUCCGCCUUCAGCAUCGACGAAUAAUAGGCCACAGCCUGCUAAUGUACGGGGAACUUCUCCCUAUCAGAGACCUGCUGCAGGCGCCGAAAGACAUCGCUCAGCCUCCGUAGAUGGGUACGAUAGGAAAACACAACCGGCGCCUGCUCCACUGCCCAGCUCACCUUCACGUCGUCCGAAGCAUGAGCGUAGAGGCUCAGAUAGCUUUUUCAACAAAUUCCCCAAAACAUUCGUGACCUAUGCAGGAAUCCGUGCGCUCUCGGAGCACGCUGAUAAGGCCAAGGAAUGGGUUGAAUGGCUCAACAACGUAAAUGACGCUCCUGAUGAGAUCCGCGCACUCUCUGCGAGGAUCACCACCGCGCGGGAUACCAUCCAGCAAAUGAAGGACUGCUUGAAAGCCAGGCCCGACCUUAUUGAGGAUGAAACCGGACAGGCCCUAAAAUUGCAAAUUGAGGACACCAUUGAUGGCACAAGCGAGACACUAAAGAAGAUGACGAAAUUGCUGGCGAGCUUUUCUGGAGCUGCUAGGGACGAUAACAACAACACAGCUCUUGGCCGCCUGGAAGGCUUCUGGCACUCAUACAACUAUAAGCAUGAAGGCGAAGAGCAGAUCAAGUCCGCAGACGCUGAAUUGCAACAGCAGCUGCUGCAAUUGGGCUUUUAUAUGUCCAAUAUCUAUGCCCGUGCCGUAAUAAAACCCGCGCCAUCCUCGGGGUUGAACACACCAAAUACGCCGACACCUCCUUUGCCAACUCCCAAAGUAAAUCCAGUACCAGAAGCCUCAAAACCGAUACCGCGCCCAGCAGCUUCAAUACCUAAUCGACCGCCUCCAUCGCCGCAAUUAUCUCCCAAAACUCAAGGGCAGUUUGAGUCUAUAGGCAGUCAUCCGAAAGCCGCAGCCGCCACAAACCCACCUACUCCUCCUCACUCAGAACCAUCAGUCGAGCAGCCUCCGUCUAAUGAUUCCAACAAUGGGCAUCCAUCUGAUGAUUUCAACAAUGGACAUGCAGCAGAAUCAGAUCCGAUCCCGAACUCAGGAGAUAUCUUGCUGGAUGCUGCUUGGGAGGGCGACGUCAAAACAGUAGCGAACUGCAUUCGCCAAGCACCACCGAGUUCAUGCGACAACAACGGCCUUACACCAUUACAUCUCGCCGUUGAGCGUGAUCAUAUGGCUGUUGCCAUGUUUCUUCUCGAUCAUGGUGCUGAUGUACACGCUCGCGCUGCUGGUGGCUGUAUGCCUCUUCACUUGGCUGCUCGUUAUGCUUCUGCCGCAACGGUAGAGAUGCUUAUCGAUCGUGGCAAGGCCGAUCCCAACGCUCAAACGACUGAUGGGAGGACUGCGCUGCAUUAUGCUGCUAGGUCCGCUGAAGAUGGAGUUUCAGAACGACGGGAAGUGAUUCGCGCGUUGCGAGAUUUGGGCGCCAACCCCACGCUUAAAAAUCGAAGAGGUGAAUUGCCCAGAGAUGUAGCCCAGAAAAGAGAUUUUUGGGAUGCAGCUGCGACUCUCAGAAGGGCUGAGCAGAAAUGGGAGCAGCAGCAGCAGCAACGACAACAACAAUACCAACAGCAACAAUAUCAGCAGCAGCAACAUCAAUACCAGCAUCAACAGCAGCAACAGCAACAGCAACAGCAACAGCAACGAAAUUUACAACAAGAACAUCUACAACAGCGGCCACCAAAGAACCAGUUGAAAGAAGCCAACAUAAGGGAGAGAGGUGCGAAAAAAGAGGGCAGCUGGUUACAAAGAUACGGACUUAGGAAAUAA